CCAGAACUAUCUCUGCAACUGGCUCCAACUAUUGGACAGAUGUUAGAUGUCGUGUUCGCCUUCAUGAAGAAUUUCGGCUGGACCGACUUCUCCUUCUUGUGCACACUUUCCUUUGGAUGUCAAGAUGAGCUCUCUCUUAUCCGGCUGAAGAUUGAGGAAUUCAAGAGGGAAACCAAAUUCAGCGUCUAUGGCGACGAAAGCUACUCGUACAACUUAUUAUCCUACGUAAACUUCACCGACGGAGCGGAUGAGAAAGAAACGAGAGAGAAGUUAAUGUACGAGCUUCAUAAGGAUUCUAGGAUUAAUUUAGUUCACGGAGAAGGCUCAGAAGUGAAGGCGAUACUGGACGUGGCCACGUCACUUAAUCUAACCGGGAAGGACUACGUUUGGAUCUUCACCUAUGCUUCUAUAACUCUGACGGCAACUUACGUAGACCCAAGCUACCCACUGGGAUCGUUCAUCAUCGCAUUCAACGCCAGCAGAGAGGCAAUGACCUAUACUGUCAAGACCGGAGUGAACUUGUGGCUGGACGCCCUGAACUCUCUAGCUAUGUCUGCAGACAUGGACAGUAUAGAUUUCACUACCGGGUUCUCAUGCGACCGGACGAGGGAUGAUCAGAUCUCUGACAAUAAUGAUACCUUAAAACCGCCAUUAUUCUGGAAAUAUGGAGAAAUACUAUACAGAUACAUGCUAAAGUCAAAAUUGCCCGGCGAGUUGGAGUUUGAUGACUACGGGGUCCUGAAAGCCAACCGGUUUUAUAUCAUGAAUAUCCAGAGACAAAUCAACAGCACAACCCCUGGAGGCAAGGAUGACUUCCCAGAUCCUAGAGCUGGUGGUCGAGGCGGUGACAGCCCCCGACGUGUAGGACCGAAGCCAAUGCCUUCACGAGGGUCAGGCUAUCCAUCCUUUCGGCGUUUUGGCGAUGAUGAUUCUGGCUCACCCUUUGACCGAAGCAGUGGAUCCAGAAUCCCUAUGGCAAAAGACAAUGAUACAAUGCCAACUUAUCAUAGGGACACCGCUUCAAGAUCAGUUCUCCCUCGUGCGUCUUCGACAAAAAGAGCCAGCUCAGAUACAUGGCCAUCUACGUUCAAUAAACAUGAUUCUGAACUGAAGGCAAAGGAUUCAAUGCAAGGGUCGUUAGGUUCAUAUUCAAGGGACAGGGAUUUCGGAUCCCGGCUGACAGAAGGGAGAAAUUCAGAAUCGAUAUCAAGAAACAGAAAAUCAGAAGCUACUACAUCUCUUGACAAAGAUUCCCGAACACCAUUCUCAAAGAGCAACAACAUUCUUGAGCCACAUGGACGAUUCUCACAAGAUAGAAGCUCCGACUGGUCAUUCAAAUAUGACGCUUAUGAAAAUGGCUCCAUUCCCAAUCUGCAGAAUACUUCUCAUGACGAUAGUUCGACAACAGCUGAGUUGCCUUUCAAUGACGGAAAUGUUCCCCGUGACUCAUCCAUGGAUCCUUCUCACGUCCGCCAAGAAAUGCAUGAUUAUAACGAUAAACGAUCACGAAAAUCCAGACCAUACCCCCAUUACGAUUUUAGACUAAGGGAUAGACGCAGCAUUUACAGAAACAGGGGCAAACGCACGAGUCCUUUUACUAGGUUUCCGAAUAGCGGAGAUUUGAGACAUUCUAGAACAGAACGGGAUACCCAGGAAAGGCAGGUGGCGAAGAAGAUUGCAGAUUGGGAUGGGCACAACCUGAUGAUCUACGGCAUCACCUGGCCAGGUGGUGAGGCGAAGCCUCCUAAGGGAAAGCCUGAUAAAUAUAUUCUCAAAGUUGUUACCUGGCAAGAGGAUCCCCAUGUCAUCUACCGAGAGAUGAAAUCGGACGAGAUUGACCAGCGGAAAAUUAUUUGUGAAACCAAUACUGUUCCCUGUACAGUUUACAACCGGGAUAAGUUUCUACACCGCACAAAUGGAACAAAACAGAUGUGCUGCACUGGUCUUUCCAUCGAUCUACUCAAGCGUUUGGGGGAGAUGCUCAACUUUGACGUAGAACUAUCUGAGGUCGCUGAUGGAAACUACGGAAGCCCACUCAAUCAAAACAUGACAGAAUGGAAUGGGAUGCUCGGCACCCUCAUCAAGAACCAGGCUGACAUGGCUAUUGGGGCCCUGUCUAUCACCCCAGAGAGGUCAAUGGCUGUGGACUUCUCUGUGCCCUUUCUGCAGACGGGAAUCACUAUCAUCGUUGCUCUGAGGCACGGAGUCAUCUCACCAACUGCUUUCUUAGAGCCCUAUGAUUACCCCUCAUGGAGUCUCAUACUUCUGUUCAGUGUGCACGCCACUGGAGCAUCUAUCUUCAUAUUUGAAUGGUUGAGUCCCUAUGGACUGGACCAAGGAAAGACCUCCUACAGUGUUCACAAGUUCUCACUGUUUCCGAUCGUUCUGGCUGAUAUGGGCCAUGUUGUUUGGGGCCAGCGUGUCAACAGAUCAACCUCGGGGAAUCGCUAG